UAUCCUUUACAAGACAAAGCUACCUUUCAUUGUUGUCAUGAACAAAACCGACAUAAUUGACCAUAGUUUUGCAGUUGAAUGGAUGCAAGACUUUGAGACUUUUCAGGAUGCUCUGAAUCAAGAGACAUCCUAUGUCAGUAACCUGACUCGUUCUAUGAGUUUAGUGUUGGAUGAAUUUUACAGUUCACUGAAGGUGGUUGGUGUUUCUGCUGUGGUCGGCACAGGACUGGAUGAUUUUUUUGUUCAGCUUUCAAAAGCUGUAGAUGAAUAUGAGAGAGAAUAUCGUCCAGAAUAUGAGCGCCUGAGGAAAACACUGGAGAAAGCUCAAAAUAAACAAAAAAGAGAGCAGCUGGAACACUUGUGGAAGGACAUGGGCAGCGUGUGUGUGCAGGGCAACAUGCUUGCAGAUGACGCUUCUGCGAUGGGUCCCUCUGAGCUGAUCCUAACACGAGGAACUCUCGAUGAAGAAGAAGAAGAAGAGAGGGAAAGUGAUACUGAUGACAUUGACCAUGAAGUUACUGAGGAGAGUCAUGAAGAACCGGCGUUCAGAAACUUUAUGCAAGAGACACGGAUGAAAUACCAGAGAAGAGGCAACCCGAAUGAUUGA